AUGCCUACCACCGCAGACUCCACCCUCCCGAUCGCCACGGCGCCCCCUGCUCCUUCGUCGGCGUUACCCAACGAGAUACUCCUCCUUAUCCUCCCCCUCCUCGCUCAACCUGAUCUCGCCCGAUGGCUUCGCGUCUCCCGGGACUACCAUGAUGUCGCCGUCCGCAUCCUCUACAAGUCCAUCUCCAUCCGCGUCGGCGGUCCAUCUUCCAAUAAACCGAAUAUCUCAAUGCCCCAGGCUCGGACCGUCAGCGCCGAUCUGAUCCUCCAAGCCACCCUCACUCGGCUCGCCGGGUUCAAUGUCCGACCCAACCCCUUCAACUAUACCACCCACCUCACUCUCUCAUCCCAUCCCCCGCAUAUGUGCGGAGGCGCACUCCCCCUGCUCCUCCCCCAUCUCGAUACACUUCGGAUCCAGCCGGGAUACGAGCAGGACCGCGGCAACCUCUGCGAUUCCGACCACCAGAUCUCUGGAAGAUCCUGCCCCACCCAUACAUCUUCCGCCCCUUGCUCCUGCAUACCCAGCUGCAACUGCAAACUUAUCACCUACCUCCGUCCCCGUCGGCUCAUUCUCGGCGAUGCGACCACCCAUGUCCUCAGCGGCGGUCUGGGUCUUAGGUCCGGUCCACUCCCUUCGUCUAUCAAGGAGCUCGUCAUCCUCGUCGGCAUGCUCACCGGCAAUCCCAAAAUCAAGCCAUCCCCACAAUCCCUUCUCGCCGACCUCCCUGCGACCGUCUCCAAGGUCACCUUCGUCCUAUCGACCGUCCGGCACGGCUUCGACUCGUUCUGGGCCGACGAGCCCCAUCCGGACUUCUGUCGCAACAUCAUGGUCGGUAAUCUACUCGACACGGUCUGGCUGGGGCAGGCGCUGUUUGGGAUGAUCGAUGGGCUGGCGAAGGGAGUGGAGAUUGCGAUAGUGGGAGCAGGGGAGCUGGGUCAGGAAUACAGCAUCGAGGAGGGUUUCAGCUACGGGACGGAGGAGUUGAAGGGCGAAGAGGAGCCGUACCCGGUGUUCUUGAAGCGAGAGUUGGUCAAGGCGCAGCGGGCGAAAGGAAGGGAUGAGGGAGAAGCGACCGAGCUGGCGGCUGGUAUUCGCUACAUCAGUGAGGCGGAGUAUGGAGGGCAAGAGGAGUGGUUUGAGGCGGCGCUGAAGGAGUGGGACUACGAUGCGCUCAACGCGAAAUUCAUGGGGGUCUGGCGAUGUAGUAGUCAUGGGCACGCAUACGCGUCUACCAUCCAGCGAAACCCAUCAGUCGCCGAAUCCGUACCGGCCGAAUUCCUGCUCAAGCUCACAUGUCUCCUCCCUCAGCGCGACCUCAUCACCUCCCUCCGGAUCUCGCGCGCCUACCAUGACGCCGCAGGUGAUCUCUUACACCCUACCCUAUUUAAUUCAAUCACGAUCAACCCAUCGUCCAGCUCUGGCUUUAGUCCGCUGAGCACUCGCUCUCCGGAAGAGCGAGAAGUCGAUCCCUACCUCCCCAUCAAAGCCCACCUCAGCCGGUUCGUCGGAUUCGUCGGUGUCCCCAAUCCCUUCGACUACACUACCCACCUCACUCUCACCUCGCACUCCACCUUCACCUGCUCCUCCCUAUCUCACUUAGUCCUCCCCAACCUUAUCACCCUCCGCAUCAAGCCGGGAUACCUCGAGGACCAUGGCAGUCUCUGCGGGGGUCGAUCAGGAGAGCGCAAUGGCGGUUGCUGCCUUACCUGCGGGUCGAGCGAUCCUGGCACCUGCAGAGCCAAUACAUGCUGCCCUCUGGUCACUUAUCUCCGUCCUCGUCGGCUCAUACUCGGCGGGACCACCACCCACACUAUCGGCCGCGGUGAUGGAUUCUGGUCCGGCGCUAUUCCUGCCUCGGUCAAAGAGCUCGUCAUCCUCCUCGGCGUGUUCUCCGGUCACCCCUCUACCCCUCCGUCGCCGCCUUCAUUUUGCAACAAUCUCCCCCAUACUGUCGAAAAGAUCACAUUCGUCCUCUCGUCUGCAAAUCACGGCUGGGACUCGUUCUGGGAUGACACUGCCCCCUACUGUCUAGCAACGUGCAAAGCGGGUCCGGGUACGUACCCGGUACCGCCACAUUGGACCUUGGGCGGUACCCGUACCCUACCUGUAUCCCACCUUGAGGGGGGCCCGAGACCCGUACCCGCACCCGGAUUUUGGCCAAUACCCGGUAUAUACCGUGUAAAACCCAGGUACCCGCGGCCCAAGUUCAAACUACUAUGCACGCCCUUCUACACGUUGCGAUGGAUCAUCAUGCCUAAGGUCGACUCGGCUCAUUUCAAGCUUGAGUCGCCCGCGGUGCGCACUACGGAUGACCGCCAUAGGUCCUCUGACUCCGUCUAUUCAGGCCCCGGCUUAGCUAGUUCGCAGACAGGGAGCCUCGGAUACGCCGGGUAUACCCGGUAUUUACCCGCCCAUACCCAGUGCCGUCUAGCUCAGACCCGGACCCGCACCAUACUCGGCGGCGCCUCGGAUCUCGGACCCGUACCCCACUCACCGGCCGGGGACGGGUAUUUUCCGGGUAUCUUCCAGGGGACCCGCACCCGUGCACGUUGCUACUACUGUCUGAACGACGACUGCGUCGACCCUUGGAACACGGUAUUCCUGGCGCGGGCGAUGUUCAGGGUGAUAGUGAACCUGGGAAUGGGACAGGCGGUAGAGAUCGUGGGCGCGGACAGGAUUGAUCAGUGCUUCUUUGAGGAGGAGGGCAGAUAUGUUGUGGAGGUAGUCGACGAGGAGGAGACCUUCGAGGAGUUCCUGUCGAGGGAGGUGCGGAAGGCGCUGGUGGCAAAGGGGCUGGGCGCAAUUGAGGCGGACGCGAGGGGGGAGAAGAUCAUCUACACCACGGAGGCGGAGUAUAAGGCACGGGAGAACUGGCUACAGGUGACGCUGAGUGAGUGGGAUCGGGUGGGCUUGGAGGAGAAGUUCAAGGGUGUGUGGUGGGGCCCAGGCGGUAUCACGCCUCCAGGGGCCUUAGGGGGCCGUUGGGAUGGAUCAGUGGUCUGA